AUGGAACCUGAGCCAUCCGAUCAUACUCGUCCGACAACUGAGGAUGUGGCAAAGGAAGUCAUCAACCGCAUACGCCGAAACAGAGGUGACAUUGACAAGGCUGACGAAGUAGAGCUAAGUAAAACAGCACCAGAAUGGCAGCAUGAAUACCGACGGAAGGAAAAAGAGCGACGUCAGAUAUUGGCCAAUUAUACUAAGACUACCUCCAACCAGAUGUACCUCUCCAGAUCCAGAUUUAUCAUGGAGCUGUUACAAAAUGCGGACGAUGCCGAGUACGCUCCGGCAGUUCGCCCCUAUUUGACCUUCCGACUUCGUCGCGAUCUGCUCAUCGUUGACUCGAACGAACUCGGAUUCACUGUAGCCAACGUCAAGUCGAUCUGCUCUACCGGAGAAAGUUCCAAAAAAGGCGACUCUCAGACCACAGGUGAGAAGGGCCUAGGCUUCAAAUCAGUUUUCGGCGUCGCCAACGAGGUACAUAUCCAGUCAGGCAAAUGGUCGUUCCAUUUUAAGCAUCGUCGCGGUGAAGAUGGGCUGGGAAUGGUCACACCACUAUGGACGCCUCCAUCGUCCGAGCCGUUGCCCCCAGGGGUCGUUACGAGAUUUCGCCUGAGCCUCACAAACUCCGAUCCAAAAGCCAUAGGCAAGUUGAUGAAAGAAUUUGACGACCUCCCCGAUACCCUGGUGUUUGCCACGCGUAAGGUAACAAAAGUUGAGAUUAUCUACGAGGAUGUGCUCGCGCGCACACAAUAUCGAACCAUCGAAAGAGAAGGUGAGCUUCUCGAUGGACAAAUCGAGAUCUGUAACCGUAUUCAAAUCGAUUAUACCUACGGCACAGAUCGACUUAGUACAACAACCACGUUCAGAACAAUCACUCACGAGGCGCCUGAUAUGCCAAUGGAGGAUUUGCGAGACUCUAAUCAUAAUUCGGUCACUCUAGGCUUCCAAAUAAAUUCAGAAACAGGUUACCCAGUUAUUCCAGACCGUGGUCAGCACGUGUUUGCUUUCAUUCCGGUGCAGCGCCUAGUGCAACUUCCCGUCCUCGUACAUGCAGAUUUCAUUCUUGGCGCCAAUCGUGAAGGCAUUCCGGAGGGCGAGUGGAACGAAGCGUUGCGGAAAGGUAUUGUCCAGUGCUUCAUAUUAGCAAUCGAAGCUUUCACACGGCCUGAUGAUCCGUUGUUCUAUAAAUGGAUACCGUUCCUGCCUACCUCAUCUGCCGAAGAGUUUUGGGACGACUUUCACGGAGAAGUUCAAAAGGAGCUAUUAGACCGCAAAAUCUUGCAGACCAUAAACGGCAUUAUGCGAGAGCCGAGCGAGCUCAGGAUCCUGCCAAGCAAGAUGCUCUUCGACGACCAGCCAAUAUUACCGGAUCUACCCUUUGACUCUGUAUACCUGUCCUCAAAAUACAACAAGCAGGAUUUUCUGAGCCUCAGGGCCCUUGGACUAAAGACACUGUCUUCUCAGAAUAUUUUGGAUCGCUUGAAAGCCGAUUUACAAUCUCAGAAAUCUCGUAUCUACGGCACUCCUCUAGAAAACGACUACCAUACAGCGCUGACCAACCUUCUAGCGUCUUUUCUCCACACUCAAUUUUGGGAAGAUAUCUUGAAACUGAAGGUUAUUCCUCUUACAACCUCACAGUGGGUGCAGCCUGAAGCAACGAGUGAAACACCAAUUUAUCUGCCCGGAGCAAUCGAUGAGCCAAAUUUCAAGGUGGGUAUACCCGAUUGUCUUGGUCUGCAGCUACUUCAUCCGACGCAGUGUGCAGUCGCCGAGAGAUUGUUCCUAUAUACGAGCUUAGGCGUCACCGAUUGUGACGAUCAGCUUCUCUUACAAAAAGUUCUGAAGGCGCAGAAGGAGGGGAGUGCGAAGAAGAUUAACGAUUAUGUUGCUCAGUUUCAACUCCUUUUCUGGUUGGGUCAGAAGAUGCCGAGCACAAAUUCAUCCUUUCGUGCUUGUAGCGAAGAGAGAGAAGUUAUGCCUUCCACUCGGCUAUUCCUACGGACUAAUGAGCAGUACGAAGCGCAGGACCUUCUAGGAGAACAAGGUAUUGGCAAGGUGAAGAAGUACGGCUUCCUUCACAAGAAUUAUACUCUUAUACCUGCGGAGAGUAUACCGAUCAGAAAGGGCCAAACAUGGACCUCAUGGUUAGCCACAUGUGCUGGCGUCCGCUCAUUUCCGAGCUUAUUGGAUGACUCAAAUCAACUGCACCCGCUCCUCAAUAUUACAGCUCUGAACAAUAGUGCGAAAUUUCUUGGAUGCUUGCAUAGGUAUUGGGACACCGCUUAUCGAUGGGAACAAUUCUCACGCAUUGAGAAGGAUCUCAAGAGUCUAUUGGUGACGUGUCAAAACGGAUCGAGGCACUCGCUUUGCAGUACCAUAUUCCCCACAGAGGCGUUGAUACAAAGGAGUCGCAAGCUUGGUCUUGAAUUGGCUUUGCCAUUUCUGCAGCUGCCGGAGAACGCCCUUUUGCGAGGAGAAGAUUCGUGGAAAUUCCUUCAGCACUUCGGGGUCACAGAUGAAGCCAACCUCCACUAUUAUUCUCUGGAGCUUGCCGCCGCGAAAGAAGAGCUCGAAAGCAAUCGCAACAGUGACGAGAGCUGGUGUUUUGCAACAUGCGCCGAAAUAUAUGAAAGUAUUGCAGCUGCUGCGCCCUUAGGCGAGUCCCAGACGGUGAAAUCCAUAUUCAAGCAAAUGACUGGCAUUUACGUCCCAGGCAGACGCCGGUCGUGGUACGCGGCUGAUGAAUGCCGGUGGAGAGGCCCACCCGUCAUCACCAUGAAACCUGUUCUACAAGAUAUCUACCAAGACCGGCUAGGCACAACGCAACUGUGGGUCAAUCUUCUUGAAGUGGCCGAUGCAUCUUAUCUGGACGUCCUGCUUGAAGUUCAGGAUUUCCAAAAGAAUCGCCAACCAUCCGAAACCCAUCUCUCGGCUCAUUAUAGCACACUUUCUGAAAUGUGUAAAGAUUCAGAGACGAAGACUUUGGUCAGGAAUGAAUUUCUUGGCCAGAGCUAUAUAUACGCCGACAAUCGGUGGCUCAAAUCCUUCCAGACAAUCUGGCAGAGCACUGUCCCCUUUCCCGGACGCACGACUAUUGGAAACUUGUAUCCUGAGCUGGAAGACUUCUUUCGAAAAGAUAUUGGAGUUGUCACUCAAGAUGCUGUGAUGCUAAUGAAAGAGAUCAUGAGCUCGUCGAAGACCUUCCGAGCUGAGGACGCCACCAGCGACAAGGAUGAGGAUCGAUUGCGCUUUUCAAGAGUAAUUGAGCGAAUCAGAGAAGUAAUGGUCGUUGCUGGUCAGGUCAUCCAGAUCACGCCACGAGACGAAAAAGUUGUCAUGUGUCUCCGGAAGCUCACAGACUGCUCUUUCCUGCCAUGCAGACUCGGAGAAAGCAAGUCACUCGAGAAGCCUACCGCCUCUUUCUUUGUUGUCGACAAUGAGCGAUAUGGGACUGCGUUUGCUGGGAAGUUGAAACUGCUAGACUUCGACAAUGCCGAGAUGACGUUCGUGUAUCCUCUGCUUGAUGCAUUGAAUUUACUGGGCACUUCUUUGUCGAAGCACGUCACAGUAAUGGUUGACGCAGAAGAGUCACCUCCUCACCAGGUACUAUCAUCCUUUCUGAGACAAAGAGCAUACGCAAUCUCUUGCUGUGCUACUUUUCAUCACAGUGCAAAGUAUUUCAACAAGAGAACAACAAUGCAUCAAUUACUAUUGGAAGCUGAAGUCAUAUUGUGUGACAGGAUGGUGACGAACCUUAAGGUUUGCCGCGAUGGCGAGGUCGUCGUAGUGCAGAGCGGCAGACCGCUUCUAGAGAUCAGAAUUCUAGACGAGGACCUGAAAAUUUUUGUCCCGAGUAGAGAAGAAGACUUGUAUGCCUGCUUCCGCACCGAGUUGCCUCUGCAGCUUACAAAAAUCCUACAAAUUGAGGAUCAACAGGCUAUCAAGCAGUUCUAUCGGAUCAUCAACGACGAGUCAAUGUCGCUUGACAGGAUUAUGGUCGAGGAGGACAUUCCGACCGUGAGGUGGCUCGAGAAGCCUCCGGUCGUCGAACCAACGACGACAUCUAUGUCUGGCGAGCCACGUCGUGUGGCGUCGGAGGACCAGGCCCAGUCUGAUGAGUUCACAACGCCCAAAUCUCGGGAUGAUUCGGUUGAAGAGAGAGCUCACCAGGUUCGAUCAACGUCUCCGGCGAGCCAAGUCGACGCAGAAUCAUUGCCCACAACAAUUACGCCGAUCUUGUCUCCGCGAAGUCAUCUGAUAUCUUACCCCGGGUCUACAGGCACAUUGCAGAGUGCAGCGCAUGACAGGCUAUAUCGACGUCUUCUUGAGCGGAUCAUCCGACAAGCAAGAGGAUCAACACAGGAUUCAUUUUCUAUGUCAGAUCUCGAGAAUGCUCUCGAAGAUGAUACGGGACUUCGACGGGCCCUUGGCUUGGGGUGCGGCCGCCGCCUUACGUUCGAGGAAAACGCGAAGAUUGGCGCGGCGGGAGAGCUAUAUGUCUUUGAGUGCUUGGAUGCGUUGGGCCUGCAAGGUUUCUCGCGCGAGAACUGGCAAAGCACGAUCCGCGACCGGGUUAGCGUCGUGCCGGAAUACAGCGAGAUAAAGCCAGGAAAGCCGCCAGAAGAGGCAGACUUGGUGUACGAAGCUUCGACCGACGAUUUCGAGCGCUUUCUGCGACAGAAGUCGACGUUGGCACCAUUCCCCAACUGGUCGUCUUUUCAACCUGUCACCGAUCUACCCGUCAAGUAUCUGGUAGAGGUCAAAGCCACCACGGAACAAAAUUGUGCCGCUGCAUUCUACAUGAGUGAUAUCCAGUACAAUCAGAUGAAACACAGUCACGGCAAACCACGCAAUUUGUACGUUAUCUGCAGGGUUUACAACCUGCUUGGCAAAGUCGGCCUGGAGAUAUUCGUGGACCCCUGGCGGCUUAACGGCACGGGAUUGAAAUUUGACGCGAUCAAAUACCGGGUCGCACCGCGCAUCACUAGAUGA